AUGCAGCCCGCGGACCUACAGGGUUCCCGCGCUUUCGGCCUGCGACCUCUGCUGUGCCUGCUGCUGUUCCAGCUGCUGCCGCCACCCCCGGUAACCCGCGCCCAGACCACGCCGGGCGCCCCCAGUUCCCCGACAGCGCCAGACGCCCCCAGCGCCCUCACCACGCCGGGCACCGCCAGUGCCCUGGGCCUGCGAGAGCGCGCGCGGGCCCUGAUGAGGGACUUCCCGCUCGUGGAUGGCCACAAUGACCUGCCCCUGGUCCUGAGGCAGUUUUACCCCAAGGGGCUACAGGAUGUUAACCUGCGCAAUUUCAGUCAUGGCCAGACCAGCCUGGACAGGCUUAGAGAUGGCCUCGUGGGCGCCCAGUUCUGGUCGGCCUACGUCCCAUGCCACACUCAGGACCAGGAUGCCCUGCGCCUCACCCUGGAGCAGAUUGACCUCAUUCACCGCAUGUGUGCCUCCUACUCUGAACUGGAGCUUGUGACCUCGGCUGAAGCUCUGAACAACAGCCAGAAAUUGGCCUGCCUCAUUGGUGUGGAGGGUGGCCAUUCACUAGACAGCAGCCUCUCCAUCUUGCGUACCUUCUAUGUACUGGGAGUGCGCUACCUGACGCUCACCCACACCUGCAACACACCCUGGGCAGAAAGUUCGGCUAAGGGUAUCCACUCCUUCUACAACAAUGUCAGCGGGCUGACCAGUUUUGGUGAGAAGGUGGUGGCAGAAAUGAACCGCCUGGGCAUGAUGGUAGACUUGUCCCAUGUUUCGGACAUGGUUGCACGGCGGGCUCUGGAAGUGUCGCAGGCACCUGUGAUCUUCUCCCACUCAGCUGCUCGGGGUGUGUGCAAUAAUGCUAGGAACGUUCCUGAUGACAUCCUUCAGCUUCUGAAGAACAAUGGUGGCAUUGUGAUGGUGUCCUUGUCCGUGGGGGUGCUGCAGUGCAACCUGUUAGCCAAUGUGUCCACUGUAGCAGAUCACUUCGACCACAUCAAGGCAGUCAUUGGAUCCAAAUUCAUUGGGAUUGGUGGAGAUUAUGAUGGGGCCAGCAAGUUCCCUCAGGGGCUGGAGGAUGUGUCCACAUACCCCAUACUGAUAGAGGAGUUGCUGAGUCGUGGCUGGAGUGAGGAAGAGCUUCAGGGUGUCCUUCGUGGAAACCUGCUGCGGGUCUUUGGACAAGUGGAACAGGUACGGGAGGAAAACAAGCAGCAAAGCCCCUUGGAGGACAGCCUCCCGGAUGAGCAGCUGAGCAGCCCCUGCCGCUCCAUCCUCUCACGUCUGCACCAGAAACAUCAUCUGCUUCCAGACUAUAAACUAACAGAGGUUCCCACACGUUGGACCCCCAAGUUAUCACUCAAGUGGUCAUUCUCAAAAUCCUCCCCCUGCAUGGCUCCAGGCCUUGCAGUCGUUGCUGCUUUCCUUGUCUUUGUUCUGUGGCUCUGGUGACCCAGUUAGUCCUGGCAGAUCUCACUAUGGCAGCCACAGACACCCACAAAGUUUUCUUGUUGUUCAGGCACAAACAUUUCCUGAAAAUAAAUGUUUUGGAC